AUGGCUCGCUCGGCCAUGUUACUGUGUCCCGUGCUCGUGCUCGUGCUCGCUGCCGCAGCGUCGGCUCGUGUCAUGGACCGAGUCGACGGCCUGCCCCGGGGCUGGCAGCGGCAGCGGGCCGCAUCGCCCGACGAUCCCAUUUUCCUCCGCAUUGCCCUCAAGCAGCAGCCCGAGCGUGCCUUGGCUCUGGACCAGGCCGUGCUCGACAUGUCGACCCCGGGUCAUCCCAACUACGGCAUGCACAUGACGCGUGACGAGCUGAGGUCCUACACAGCUCCCUCCGACACCAGCGUCUCCGUCGUAACCCAGUGGCUCCGCGAACACGCCAUCCAGCCCUGGGUCGACCACGACUGGGUCUCCUUCACCACCACGGUGCGAAUCGCCAGCGAGCUGCUCGACACGCAGUUCGCCUGGUACCGUUACCUCGAGGGCACGGGUGCUCCCGUACUCCGGGCCCUCGCGUACAGCGUGCCGGACCGCGUCGCCGCCCACAUCGACCUCGUGCAGCCCACUACCCGGUUCGGCCACCUCGGCGCUCGGAGGCCCACCAUCUUCGAGACGUUCCCGCUCGAGAGUGGCGAUGAUGACGCGGGACCCGGCACGAAGAACAAGUUCGUCGAGGAUGACCCGUCGUGCGCCCUUGGAGUAGUCACGCUUAGCUGCCUCCGGUUCCUAUACAAUAUCCACUACAAGCCCACUGCUUCCGGUGCCAACAAGGUGGCCUUUGCCUCGUUCCUCGAGGAGUAUGCCCGGUACGAUGACCUGGCGACGUUUGAGGACGUCUACAUGACCGGUUGGCAAGGCCUCAACUUCACGGUUGAGCUUGUGAACGGAGGAGACAACGACCAGCAUAGCAAAGCCGACAGCAUGGAGGCCAACCUCGACGCCCAGUACCUCCUCGGCAUCAGCCACCCGAUUCCCCUCGUUGAGUACAGCGUGGGUGGUCGCGGUCCGCUCGUCCCGACGGCGAAUCAGCCUAGCCCGCCCGGCAGCAACGAGCCAUACCUCGAGUUUCUCCUCUACAUGGCUUCGCUCAACGACUCGGCUCUGCCGCAGACCAUCUCGACGUCCUACGGCGAGGAAGAGCAGUCGGUGCCCCGCGACUACGCGCUCAAGGUCUGCGACAUGUUCAAGCAGCUUGGCGCCCGCGGCGUUUCGGUUCUCUUUGCCUCGGGAGACUCGGGGCCCGGGAACCGCUGUGAGAGCAACACCAACAACGCAACGUACUUCGAGUCGACGUUUCCCGCCGGCUGCCCGUGGGUGACCGCCGUGGGCGGGACAACGGGCGGGACGGCAAGCAACUCGCCAGAGAGGGCCGCGUCGUUUUCCAGCGGCGGCUUCAGCAUCUACCACGCGCAGCCUGUCUGGCAGAGGGACGCCGUGGGGACCUACCUGGAGGGCAUUGGCCAGACGUACUCGCAGUUCUUCAACCGCUCCGGCCGAGGAAUCCCGGACAUUUCUGCCCAGUCCCAGGGCUUUUCGGUUUGCAACCGGGGGAAGUGGUCGAGCAUUGGAGGGACCAGUGCUUCGACGCCCGUCGUGGCGGGAAUCGUGGCGCUGCUGAACGCCGCCCGCAAGGCGCAGGGGAAGCCGCCCCUGGGGUUCCUGAACCCUUGGCUGUACAACAACUCGGCCGCAUUUACGGACAUCACGACUGGCGCUGCGAUCGGGUGUGCCAGCAGGGCCGAGUUUGGCGGUGAUGGCGCGUGGUGGAACGCCACGACCGGCUGGGACCCCGUGACGGGGUUGGGAACGCCCUUGUUCGACAAACUGUUGGAACUGGCGGCGCCUGGGACGAAUAAUGCUUAA